AAAUAGGAUCUGAAUUAGGAUCUGAAUCAGAUAUAGACGAAAUAUUUAUGGAAAAAGGAGAAACAAGUAAUUCUAAACAAAAAAGAAAACGUGAAGAGAGUUGGAAUCCCCAUAGUUCUUGGGAAAACUAUGAAAAUGAAACUAUGAAUCAAAAAGGUUAUGCAAAGGCUAGUGGAAAAUGGACAAAAGUUGCAGAAGAAUUUAAACCUUAUUAUGAAGAAACUAAAUCUAAACAAUUAUUAAACUUAGACUGUGUAAGAAAUCCAGAGGAUAUACUACAAAGGUGGUCUAAUGAUAUGAUUAUGCUUAUAGCAACCGAUGAAAAAUUUUCUAAGAUAAACCUAAUGGAUGUCAAGAAUUUAAUAGCUUAUAGAACAACAGAAAAUGUGCUGAAAUUCUUAACGAGUAUUAACGAUGAAACAUGGAAUCAAUAUAUAGGAAUGGUAGAAAAUAAUCAACAAUUUGCUAAACUAAUAAUGGAAUUAAUAUAUAAAGAAUUCAUAGGCUACAAUACUCUUUAA